AUGAAAGGACUAAUUAUAACCGGUACACGCAAGGCUGAAGUAUUGGAGAUUGAGAAGCCAGUGUUGACUGGUCACAAUAAUGUACUCGUUGAGGUUUAUUCAGUAGCCCAGAACCCACCAGACAGCUUCUCUUUGUACGGUUCACCUGGUAAACCUGGAAACUUGCUUGGAAGCGAUUUCGCAGGUGUUGUCGUCGAGUCUAAAUCAGAUAAAAUCAAGGUUGGUGACAGAGUAUGUGGAAUGGUCUCAGGAAACCACUCAGCUAGCCAAGGGGCAUUUGCGGAGUAUGUAGCAAUUAAUGUAGACAUGUGUAUCAAAAUACCCGAUGAAAUGACUUUCACUAAUGCCUCAACCCUGGGCAUGUCUCUUUAUACUGCGGUUCAAGCACUCUUCCUCAAGUCACCUUUCGCACUUGAUCCUAGUCAUACUCAAAAUAUUUUGAUUUGGGGUGCAAGUACUGCUGUCGGCAUGUACGCUGUUCAGCUCGCACGUAAAAGCGGUGUUAAUGUUGUAGCUACAACCAGCUCAAAGAAUAGUGAUCUUGUGAAGAGUCUUGGUGCAAAUUUGCUGUUUGACUAUGCUGACGUCGAUGUCGUCGACAAAAUCAAACAGGCUACUAAUGACAACGUUACAUUUGCAUUAGACUGUGUUGGCUAUCCUGAUUCAUUGCAUAAAUCAAUCAUCAGUGUUUCCGACACAAAACCUGCAAUAGUUCACACAUUGUUGCCACCACAAAAAGAUUUCCCUCUCAAUAAAACUAAUGCUCAAGUGAAAUUCUCUUUAAUUCACUCUGUCUUUGCUGAAGAUCUCUCAUGGGCGAACUACAUUUUCAAUCCUCCAAUCACUCAAACAGAGAUGGAUGAGGAGCAAGAAAAAGCAGCCAAGUUUUUCAACUACGACAAGGGUACUUUGUAUGAGCCCAUUUCAAACAACGAAAUUAAGACAACACCUAUCUUUGCUACCAGCAGAGGUCUUGACAAUAUCUUGCCCUGGUUGCUUAAGAUGGAGAGAGGUGAGAUCAGAGGUGGUAAGGUAAUUCACGUAUUGAAAGACUGAAGAUGAUUCAUAUCUGCGUUUCUCAAACUUAAUAGACUUUAAGUUGGGACAGCCUACUACAUUUAUAGUAAGGUCCAUUAUAUAGUAGUUUCAUCUUCACCUGCCAAUCGAAAGUCAUAUUUUUAACUCAGAAUAAAUAAUAGUCAUGAUGAUUUUUUC